AAGAUUCACUGCGUGCUGUACUCGCUUGUUCUACAAUGAGUGCCAAAUCUGCUAUCAGCAAGGAAAUUUUUGCACCUCUUGAUGAAAGGAUGCUGGGAGCUGUCCAAGUCAAGAGGAGGACAAAGAAAAAGAUUCCUUUCUUGGCAACUGGAGGUCAAGGCGAAUAUUUAACUUAUAUCUGCCUGUCAGUGACAAACAAGAAACCCACACAGGCGUCCAUUACAAAGGUCAAACAGUUUGAAGGCUCCACAUCGUUUGUUCGGAGAUCACAGUGGAUGCUCGAGCAGCUUCGCCAGGUUAAUGGUAUCGAUCCUAAUGGGGAUUCAGCAGAGUUUGAUUUGUUGUUUGAAAAUGCUUUUGACCAAUGGGUAGCCAGCACAGCGUCAGAAAAAUGCACCUUCUUCCAGAUCCUCCACCAUACCUGCCAGAGGUACCUCACGGACAGGAAGCCGGAGUUUAUUAACUGCCAAUCCAAAAUUAUGGGAGGAAACAGCAUCCUCCAUUCAGCUGCCGACAGCGUGACCAGCGCAGUGCAGAAGGCAAGCCAGGCCUUGAAUGAGCGCGGAGAGAGAUUAGGCCGAGCGGAGGAGAAGACAGAAGACCUGAAGAACAGUGCCCAGCAGUUUGCAGAAACUGCGCACAAGCUCGCCAUGAAGCACAAAUGUUGAGAAACUGCCUAUCCUGGUGACCCUUCUUAAGAGAAACUGAAGAGUUUGUUCAGCAGUUUUUACAAGAAUUCGGGACCUCCGCUUGCUUCUUUUUUUCCAAUAUUUGGACACUUAGCGUGGUUUUUGUGUUUUCUUUUCAGAUGUUAAUGUGAAAGAAAAGGUGUUGCAUUUUUACACUUCCCUAAUGAUCUUGCUAAUAAAUACUACAAUAGCAUCAGCUUCAUUUUGGGUUUUUCCCUCCCCCCCACUGUGUGUAUGUGUGUAUAUGUAUGUUUUGAAUAUGUUUUCUUUAUUAAAAAAUAUUUUUUGUAGUUUGAAUGUGAAAUUUGGACCAAAUGAUAAACUGCGCUGGGUCUAAACUGGCAACAUGUAUUUUUUUCUCUGACAUUAAGCAGGAAGACAUUUUAAUGUGGUGACAUCAGAUGUUGUUUUUCCUAGAUGAAAAUGAAAGUCAAGCAGUGAUUAGUUUCACUCACUGUCCUAGCUACACUUAAUUUGAAGAUUAAAAUUCUACAUUGUAGAAAACAAUUGGAUUUAUUGGGGAAAACAGCAGUCUUAGAUUUUGCUCCUUACAUAGUAAUCUUUUGCAUGAACC